AUGUGUGACGCCUUCGUAGGUACCUGGAAGAUGGUCUCCAGUGAGAACUUCGAUGAUUACAUGAAGGAAGUGGGAGUGGGCUUUGCCACCAGGAAGGUGGCCGGCAUGGCCAAGCCCAACAUGACCAUCAGCGUCAACGGGGAUGUGAUCACCAUUAAAUCGGAAAGCACCUUUAAGAACACGGAGAUCUCCUUCAAGCUGGGCCAGGAGUUUGACGAAGUCACUGCAGAUGACAGAAAGGUCAAGAGCCUCAUCACCUUGGAUGGGGGCGCCCUCGUGCAGGUGCAGAAGUGGGAUGGGAAGUCAACCACCAUCAAGAGGAAGCGAGUGGAUGACAAACUCGUGGUGGAGUGUAUCAUGAAAGGAGUCACUUCCACCAGAGUUUACGAGAGAGCGUGA